CCCGGAAAUCCCAGUUGGCCCAGUGGGAGCGGGGGCUGCGGAGCUGGGCGAGAUGCGGGGCAAGGACGAUGAGUACGAUUAUCUCUUCAAAGUUGUGCUCAUCGGGGACUCCGGGGUGGGCAAGAGCAACCUGCUCUCGCGCUUCACCCGCAACGAGUUCAACCUGGAGAGCAAGAGCACCAUCGGGGUGGAGUUCGCCACAAGGAGCAUCCAGGUGGACAACAAGACGGUGAAGGCUCAGAUCUGGGACACGGCCGGGCAGGAGCGGUACCGGGCCAUCACCUCGGCGUACUACCGGGGGGCGGUGGGAGCUCUGCUCGUCUACGACAUCGCCAAGUACCUGACGUACGAGAACGCCGAGCGCUGGCUGAAGGAGCUGCAGGACCACGCUGACGCCAACAUCGUCAUCAUGCUGGUGGGCAACAAGAGCGACCUGCGGCACCUGCGGGCCGUGCCCACCGACGAGGCCAGGAGCUUUGCAGAGAAGAACGGGCUCUCCUUCCUCGAGACAUCUGCUCUGGACUCCACCAACGUGGAGACGGCUUUCCACAACAUCCUCUCGGAGAUCUACCGCAUCGUGUCGCAGCGGCAGAUCACCGGGCAGCCCGAGUCCGAGUUCGGCCCCACCACGACCAUCGAGCCCAUCCGGGUGCUGCCCACGCAGCAGGAGGGCAGGCAGGCGCCCUGCUGCCAGAACAUCUGAGCCCCCGGGGGUGCCCCCCACCCUGACACCCCCGAGCACAGGGUGGCAUCACCUUUCUCACCCUCUACCUCUGCCCCCUGCAGCCCCCCCAGGACCGGGCGGGCUGGUGGCUUCUUCUGCACCACUGCUCCUGUGUGCACCAUCACGAUGCUCUCCCUGGGUUUAUGUAGGACCUACACAAAUUGGGGGGUGGGGGGAAGCACCAGGGUCUCUCCCCUCUCUCCCCACGGCUUGGGACACGCCACCCCUCGUGUCCUUGCUUCCUCCACCCUGGAGGUGACUCAGGGUGGCACCGAACAAGCCCGAACAGCGUGACUCCCUUGUUUGGUGCCACGUUCCUGCGGCACCCCUGGGUGCAGCCCUUUGGGGAGGGGGGGGGACAUGGGGUGCACCCUUCUCCUGCCCGGUGGAGCAAGCGCCUGCGCCCAGCCCUGCCCCUGCAGCACCCCCGGGGCUGGGUGGCACCUCUGGGUGCCCCCGGGGCAGCCCCGGGACACAGGUCUGGGGGUGCGGGGGGUGACUCCCCGGCUCCCGCCUGCUCUUGGUGGUGUCAACCCCUCGAGGUGUCCCCGUUCAAGGUGUCCCCGUGACACAGCCCCCACCGAGGGAGACCCUGCACCUCUCCCACCACUGCCCCAGCCCCGGGGGGACACGGAGACAUGUCCUUUGGGUGGGGACAAGGGGG